UCCUCCUUUCAUUCUUAGCCACUGUCUCUCUCUUUCUCUAGAACCUUCUCUCACUAAACCUCAGCCAUGUCUUCCAUGGACUCAACCACACCGGAAAACCCUCUCCUACGCCGCCGUAACUCCGUUAUCCUCCCUACAAAACUCAACCUACAAUCAUCACCGUCAACCACCGCCACGUCAUCAUCAUCAUCAUCAUCAUCAACGAAUUCGGAUUAUGAGUUGUUUUCGAUUAAGCCUGUAUCGUAUACUUCCUUAAGAGAUCUAAUGCCGCCGCUUUCAACCGUUAAUUCACCUAGACCUAAUAAUGAAUCCGCUGGUGGUUCCGAAAUCUCGAUUAGGAAUCAUUUGGUUAAGCAAGCUGCUUGGGCUUAUUUACAGCCUAUGUCUACUUCGCCGGAUUCCGAUGGACGGAAUUUGUUCAGCCGGUUGUUUUACCGGUCACCGGUUAAUAAUCCGGUCGCUAGAGUUAUUGAGUUUGUUGAUCGGUUCAUUUUUGGUCCGUUAACUAGAGCUGUUGAUUGGUUGCUUCGUGCGGUUCGGAUUCGGAGCUCCAGAUAGCGACCCGACCCGUUCCGACAUACAGAAUAUAUGGUCAUAAAUGUAAAAUGCCUGUUAUUUUUCUCAUGUUAUCACAAAAAAAAUUAAAAACAAAU